GGUUUGUACUGUACACAAAGGUUCCUAUCUGUCGGAACAUGCCAAACAGAGUGCAGGACGAACGAAAAGCAAACUUUUUCAUCAAAAAACUCGUCAUCAUCUCAUCAUUUAAACUCCAAAUACCAAAAAAGUCGACAUUUUCUUCCUAAUCAUCAGCAUCCAAAGCCGGAGGAGUACCUAUAUAUAUGCACACUUGCGUACCCCGCAAACCAAUAGCUGCUAGCUAGCCAUCGAUCGCCGAAGCAAAGAAACACCAAGGUAGCCAGCGCGCGCGGCCAUGGAGAAGAGUAGCAACGAGCACCCGGUCUCCCCCUCGGCGUCCCCGUCGUCCUCGUCGCCAUCGGGGAGCUGCAGCGAGGGCCGGCCGUCCCCGCCGAAGCGGCCCGCGGGGCGGACCAAGUUCCAGGAGACGCGGCACCCGGUGUUCCGCGGGGUGCGGCGCCGCGGCCGCGCCGGGCGGUGGGUGUGCGAGGUGCGCGUGCCGGGCAGCCGCGGCGACCGGCUCUGGGUCGGCACCUUCGACACCGCCGUGGCGGCCGCGCGCGCGCACGACGCCGCCAUGCUCGCGCUCUGCGGCGAAUCCGCCAGCCUCAACUUCGCCGACUCCGCGUGGCUGCUCGACGUCCCGCGCGCGGUCUCCGGCUCGCUGCCCGACGUCCAGCUCGCGGCCACCGAGGCCGUGGCGGGAUUCAUGCAGCGUCACGGAGGCAACGGGUCCGCCUCUUCUGGUCCACAGUCCAUGGACAGCGCCACUUCGCCGACGGCGGCCGUGAAUGCUGAAACGCCGCCGGCAGUGGCGGCGCUGGAGAAUGGCAUGCUCGAGUUGGAUACGUUCGGCGGUAUGGACGCUGGUUCCUACUACGCGAGCUUGGCGCAGGGGCUGCUCAUGGAACCGCCGCCAACCACCGUGGAGUGCCCGGAGGACGAAGGAUGCGGCGGCGCUGGAAUGGAGCUGUGGAGCUAGCUACCAUGAGACAUCCAAAUAGGAGUAGGGGAGUAUAAUAGAAGAUCGCUGUUGUGUUGUGCCCGUAAUCAAAUUGGGCAGGAAACAAUCUAGAUUUUUAUGCACUUAUUUAGUUCUUUUGCAUGGUAAAAGCGCCAUUCUUUGUGGGCAUGGCUAACUUGUAGCGCCACAUCUUUGCUGGAACACGCAUUACAUUUGAAUAGGGUGGUUUUGAUGGAUUUCACGUAUGUUACUUUUUGCCAAAUUUUACAACUGCUGAGUGCUGAGCUUGUUCAAAUUCCCCUGCAGUUACAGUAACUUGAGCUUGCUGCCACAAUUGCAAUAGGUGGUUUUCAAAACUGAUAUCUU